AUGGCGGAGAAGCAGUGCUAUGCGUUGCAGCAGCAGCGUUUGCUGCUGCAGCUAUUCGGUGCCUUCCUGCUGCUGUGCAGCAGCGCAGCAGCAGCAGCAGCAGCAGGUGGAGCAGGUACAGCAGGUGCAGCACCAGGCGCAGCAGCAGCAGCAGAAGGCGGCGGCUGUACGGCGGAAGACAUGAAGAUUAUUUGGAUUCCCUAUCGGCAAUCCCCUCAGCAGUCGAGUCUGCUGCUGCUGCAGCAGCAGCAGCAGCAGCUGAAGCAGCAGAAACCGCACGCUGGCCAUGGCACCGCCAGCGCAUUCAUCACGAUACAGCAUUUAGCAGCAGAAGCAGCAGCUGCUGCAGGCAGGGCUCAUGAAGCCGUGACUGCAGCAACAAGUGCGGCUGCUGCUGCUGCUGCUACACUUGCUGAAGACGAACCCCAAGAGGCCUCGUCGUCUGGAGGGAGCAGCAGCAAGAAGGAGAACAGCAGCAAGAAGGAAAGCAGCAGCAAGAAGGAAAGCAGCAGCAAGAAGGAGAACAGCACCAAGAACGACAGCAGCAGCAAGAGCGGCGGCAGCAGCAACAGCAGCAGCAAGAGCAGCAGCAAGAGCAGCAGCAGCAAGAGCGGCGGCAGCAGCAGCGAAACCGCCGCCAGCAGCAACAAGAGCAGCAGCAGCAGCAGCAGGAGCAGCAGCAGCAGCAAGACUGACAACAGCAAGAAGGCAGGCGGCCUUUGGGUGGAGGGCAGCAACAAGGGUAGCGGGAGCAAGGACGACAGCAGCAGCACGAACAGCAGCAGCAACAGCAUCAGCAGCAGUGCACUGCGUGAGAAGAUGAACACUGCGAUAUCAUUGAAUGGGCGUGCAGCUCGGGAGGCAGCGCAUGCAGCCCAGUACGCGGGUGCAGCAGCAGCAGCAGCAGCAGCAGCAGCUGCUGCUGCUGCUGCCUUAGCUUCCGCAGCUGACGGCAGCAGCAGCAUCGGCUUGACCCUGCCUGCGCUGCAACCUGUUGCUGCUCCUGUUGCUCCGACUAGGCGGGGCCUGCACCCUUCUACGUAUUUCUUUCGAGUGUUAGAUGAGUGCGGGAGGAAGGCUUUUGGGGAUAAAGAGAGGACAACAGCUUGUUUGCUGCAGCAGGUGCAGCAGCAAAUGCAGCAGCAAAUCUCACCCGCAUGUGCUGCUUGCUUCGGGGCUGCCACUGCAUGCGCUGCAACCACAUGCAGGAGGUCCUGCUUCAUUAACACCUGCUCUGAACGCUGCAUCGACUGCAACACGAAGAACUGCGCGGAUUCGUUGCUGGCCUGCAGCGGCCGUCGGCAAGAUGAAUUCCCUGUGCCUUGCGAGGAGUAA